AUGAACUUUCCCAACGCGAACGAUACUGUCAGCGUCGUCAUUGUAAGUCAAAGUUUCUGCGGUGCUCUGCUUGACUCGCGACGACUUUGCAAGAAAGGCAUCGCCAAGCUACAACCGCACUCGGUAGGCCAUUGGCAUCUGCAGGAACCAUGGCGUAGCGUGCAAUGCGCCCCGACUUGACCCACAAGAGCUCGCGUUAUCGCGUCAGGGCAUUCAGAAGGACACUCGCGGACUACAUGAUGACUGA